GUAUUUUACCAGGUUUUGUAAAAUAUCGUUUCAUACAAGACUAUUUUUUUUUAAGUUUCUGAAGGUCGUUAGAACGUUCAUUAUGAUGGCUGGAUGUAAUUCAACGUUUCGGUUAGCUAAUCCCCACCUCUCGGAUAAGGAAACGCUCUAUCACCUUGGAAUUUCAACUGAUGAUAAUUUACAACAGCGUUUCGGCGACGUUAAGUAUGUUUGCCUGGGAGGCAAAAACAAACGAAUGGAAAAUUUCGCGAACUUGUUAUAUCGUGAUCUUGGCUAUCCAGACAAUAGCGAGGUAGAUGACGCAUCUAAACCUAAAGAGGAAAGAAAAUUGGUCGAUAUAACUGGAUCCGCCGGUAGAUAUUCUAUGUUUAAAGUUGGUCCCGUUUUAUCUGCAAACCACGGAAUUGGACCAGCGUCCCUUUCUGUUGUUUUACAUGAGUUGCUGAAGCUGAUCCACUUCUCACACUGCAGUGACGUGUCGUUUAUAAGGAUUGGAACUUCAGGGGGCUUGGGGUUAGAUCCGGGAACAGUCGUAAUAACAGACACAGCCUACAACGGUUUAUUGCAGCCUCAUCAUGCACAGGUGGCAUGUGGAAAAGAAAUUCACUACCCGAGUUUUACCAACCCAGAUUUAAGAAACGGUUUGCUAAAGUGUGCCCUGACCGUUACAAAUCAAUGUGUUAUAGGAAACACUUUAUCCGCAAACGACUUUUAUGAAGAGCAAGCGAGAUUGGACGGUGCGGUUUGCAGCUUCAGCGAAGAAGAAAAAAAUGCAUUUAUUCGAAGAGCCCAUGACGAAUGUGGAGUUAAAAAUAUGGAAAUGGAAAGUACAUGUUUUACAGCAAUGUGUUUAAGAGCGGGUGUGAAAUGUGGCGUCAUUUGCGUAGCCUUGGUUGAUCGUUUAGUGAGGGACAACGUCACAGGCGUCAAAGGAACAGGAGUGGGAACAGACAACAAGCUAAAGGAGUGGGAGUUAUUGCCACAAGUUAUAUGCGCUAAGUACAUCAAGGAAAAUUAAGAUGAUUAAAAAAAGUAGUGUUUUGUGGUCUUUUUACACAGGGCAAACGGUAAAAGUAUAAGUUUCACAAAAGAUUACAGGAAUGGAAUAAAUAUUUGUAUAUUUUUGUUAGACAAAAAUUGUUGCGUGGUGUAUAGCGUGUAGGGUUUAGUAUAUUCACUAUAUAUGUAUUGUUAUGCUUUGUGUAUUCGCUUUGCAGAAAAUAAAAUAUAAUUCUAUGGGGUAAGAUGGAUACCGUUAGCACAUAAUAUCCAAUAUUUGUGAAUCGGGUUUUGAACUAUUAACAACGCUUUUUUUGAGUCGUGAAGAUACUGUUAUAUAAUUCUGUAAAUCUUACCCCAACGCGAUGUACAAAUUACAAGCAAAACUGUAUAGUGAACCACUGGUGUAAUUAUAAAAUACCGCUGUAAUUUUGAAAUCAUAUUUCCUGUAUACUGCAUACACAAGUAGCUAAAUAUGGCUUGCUUACCAAAUAACUAUUUUUUUCUUUCUGAUAUUUCAAUUUUUUGAUACUUUUAAAUUUACACGUAUAUGCAAAAACUAUCACAAAUUAUUUCACACUGCUAUAAAUAAAAUUAUUCAACUGUA